ACAUGAGAUAGGCAAAAGGAAAGUCCAGUUUGCUUCGCUUCUAAAAAAGGCUGAAAAUUACAAGCAUCCAUGGCCUUGUGUCUUAAGUCUCAGAAUUUUUUUUUCUCUUUUGGUUGUUUGCAAACCAAAGUAGAAUUUUAUUACGGGUUACUGAGGAAGCUUCCUUGAGUUUCUAGCCCCCAACGUUUCUGCACACUCCAGGGCAUAUACUGAGGCUCCUCAUGCCACGAGAAAGAGAAUGGAGCCAAGAUCAAGCCGGCGGGAUGUCGGAGCUGUAACGUCUUCCCUACCCCGCACCCACUGCUGAGUUUCCAUAGUGCUGAGCCAGGGACCCGGCAGAGCCGGCUGGUUCCUUUUAUGAACAACAGCACCGUGAUGAAGGCAGCAGGAGUCAGAGAACCAUUCAUUGCAGGAAGCCCCAGCAUCCGGUGAGAAAUAAGAAGUACAGCAGCACAGGAUACGCCUUGGGUCGGGGGACGUGCAGAGCCCGCAGCCUUUGUGUCCUUCUCUGGGCCAGAGUGGCUGCAGCUCACCCCUCAGCUCCCCUCAGGGCCCAGCUGGGAGCCGAGAUAGAAGCUCCUGUCCCCGUCGUCCCUGCUGGGUUUCUCACCUCCCGCCGAGGGGCACAUGGAGACCGGGAUGGCCACCUUCACCACCCUGCUGCUGCUGCUUCUCCUGGUCCAGCCAGGGGCUGGAACGGGAGGUGACACGGAGGCGGUGGUCUGCGCGGGGAUGGCCUGCUACACGGCCCACUGGGGCAAGCUGAGCGCCGCUGAUGCCCAGAACCACUGCAGCCAGAACGGGGGCAACCUGGCCACUGUGAAGAGCAAGGAGGAGGCCCAGCACAUCCAGCGAGCCCUGGCCCAGCUCCUGAGGCUGGAGGCAAACCUGACGGCGAGGAUGGGCAAGUUCUGGAUUGGGCUCCAGCGAGAGAAGGGCAAGUGCCUGGACCCCAGCCUGCCACUGAAGGGCUUCAGCUGGGUGGGUGGCGGUGAGGACACGCCUUACACUAACUGGUACAAGGAGCUCCGCAACUCGUGCAUCUCCAAGCGCUGUGUGUCUCUGCUGCUGGACCUGUCCCAGCCUCUUCUUUCCAGCUACCUCCCCAGGUGGUCCGAGGGCCCCUGUGGGAGCUCAGACUCCCCUGGAAAUAACAUUGAGGGCUUCGUGUGCAAGUUCAGCUUCAAAGGCAUGUGCCGGCCCCUGGCCCUGGGGGGUCCAGGCCAGGUGACCUACACCACCCCCUUCCAGACCACCAGUUCUUCCUUGGAGGCCGUGCCCUUUGCCUCUGCAGCCAAUGUGGCCUGUGGGGACAGGGACCAGGACAAGAGUCAGAGUCAUUAUUUCCUGUGUAAGGAGAAGGCCCCUGAUGUGUUCGAUUGGGGCAGCUCGGGCCCCCUCUGUGUCAGCCCGAAGUACGGCUGCAGCUUCAACAAUGGGGGCUGCCACCAGGACUGCUUUGAAGGAGGCGAUGGCUCCUUCCUUUGUGGCUGCCGGCCAGGGUUCCGGCUGCUGGAUGACCUGGUGACCUGUGCCUCCCGAAACCCUUGCAGCUCCAGCCCAUGCCGUGGGGGGGCCACAUGCAUCCAGGGAUCCCAGGGGAAAAACUACACAUGCCACUGUCCCCAAGGGUACCAGCUGGACUCGAGUCAGCUGGACUGUGUGGAUGUGGAUGAAUGCCAGGACUCCCCCUGUGCCCAGGAGUGUGUCAACACCCCUGGGGGCUUCCGCUGCGAAUGCUGGGUUGGUUACCAGCCGGACGGUCCUGGAGAGGGUGCCUGUCGGGAUGUGGAUGAGUGUGCCCUGGACCCCUCGCCCUGCGCCCAGGGCUGCACCAACACAGACGGCUCAUUCUACUGCUCCUGCCAGGAGGGCUAUGUCCUGGCUGAGGAGGACGGCACUCAGUGCCAGGACGUGGACGAGUGUGCAGGCCCCGGAGUCUCCCCCUGUGACAGCUUGUGCUUCAACACACAAGGGUCCUUCCGCUGUGGCUGCCUGACAGGCUGGGAGCUGGCCCCAAAUGGGGUCUCCUGCACCAUGGGGCUUGUGUCUCUGGGACGACCAUCUGGGUCCCCUGAGGAGUACAAAGGAAAGAAAGAGGGGAGCACUGUGGCCCCCACUGCAACAGCCAGUCCCACGAGGGGCCCCAAGGGCACUCCCAGGGCCACACCCACCACAAGGAGACUUUCACUCUCACCUGACGCCCCAGUCACCUCUGACCCAUUUGAAAUGCUGGCCCCUAGUGGGUCCCCAAGCGUCUGGAAGGAGCCCAGCAUCCAUCACAACACGGCUGCCUCUGGCCCCCAGGAGCCUGCAGGUGGGGACUCCGUCGCCAAACAAAACGACAAUGGCACUGAUGGGCAAAAGUUGCUUUUGUUCUACAUCCUGGGCACCGUGGUGGCCAUCCUCCUCCUGCUGGCCCUGGCUCUGGGGCUGCUGGUCUAUCGCAAGCGGAGAGCGAAGAGGGAGGAGAAGGAGGAUAAGCCCCAGAAUGCGGCAGACAGGUACUCCUGGGUUCCAGAGCGAGCGGAGGGCAGGGCCAUGGAGAACGAGUACAGUCCGACACCUGGGACAGACUGCUGAAAGUGAGGUGGCCCCACAGACAGUAGAGUCAUCGGCCACCGUCCUCAGAGCUUUGAACCCCCAAUCCCAAGGGGAACCCACAUCUUUCUGAAAGACUGGACCUGAUCCUUAAAGGCCCCAGAACAUGCAGGUAUUUUCUACGUAUGCCUGUGUGCUGUUCCUGAAGUGAAGCUGCGUGUUGACGUGCCACGGUGGAAAUUUUAUGACUCUCUAAUGAUUCUUACUUCUCCCUUUUCAAAUUCCAGUGUGAUAGAUUCCGGAUCAGGGUGUGAGGAGGCCGGGGCUAGGGGCCCCCCUGAACAGCUUCUCUGCUCACUUCGACCACCUAAGAGGAAAGGGCAGGCUGCUCGUGCUGAUUAGGAUUGAAGGGAUUUAUUUCUCUUCCUGGGAUGAAAACUAAGUCCAGGAAUUCUUCAGUUAGAUGAGAAGCUCUGGUUUUUUGGUCAAAGGGAAGAUGUUCAGGACUGAAAGUAUCGCUUUACAUUUGCAUUCCUGCAUUUCCCAGCACGAGUCUUGCUGAGUGGGAUCUUGGUGACGUCCCCCAGAAUGGCCAGGGGUGCAAUUAACCGCUAAGGUCACUGGGAGGCCGGAAGUGCCUCCCUAGUUCUUCCAUUUCUGGUAGUCUUGGGUUUAUUUGCAAAGGAAGUUUGAAAAGUAUGAGAAAAGUUGCUCGAAGUGAGUUACGGCUGUUUGUGACGUCACGUCACCUGCAGGGCUAGGUGAGAGCGGGCAGGGAUUGGUUCACAGAUACUUGAAUUUGUUCAUCUAAAUAUACUGAGGUUGCCACACACUUGACUGUGGAUGUGAUUGGCCCUAACAAGGAAACAAAAUCAAGAACAGCCCGUCUUUCAGCCUGGGAGGCCCCGACGCCCUGCGGGUGGCCCUGCCUCCACUUUGUCCUGCCGGGAAGGCCGGUGCUCUGAGCACAGACGGAGGAAGCAGAACCUUCCAUUGGACUGUUCCUGAACGAUGUGUGAACUGCAGAUGAUGCACUGGGCUUGAAGGCUGGCCUUGAAAAGCAUGUUAGCACAGUUUGCCGUUCACACUUGAUGCAGCCUCCUGGGAUUUUCAAUCCCGAAUCGUGGGUGGGGCGAACACCAAGUAGGGGCUAGUCAGGCAGGUGCUUAAGGAACCUUCGUUCUGUGUCUCUCUUUUCCUUAAAAAUGGGGGUGGGGAGUGAAGGGGGAGGGAAAAAGAGAACUAACUAAAAUCCUUUUUGUCAGCAAAACCUGCUCAAAGCCAUUUAAAUUUAAACCCUCAUUUUAAAGGGUACACUUGCAAAGAUUUCUCCAUAUGAUAAUGUGGUCCAUAGUGCGUGCUCUCUCUCUCCUUCUCUCUCCCCUUCUCUCUCUCUCUCUCUCUCUCUCUCUCUCUCUCUUCUCUCACAGCACCAUUCUGCCUGGGGCACUGGAACGCAGCCCUGGGGGUCACCGGUGGUCCGAGUCGCUAGAAGUUACCUGAGUAUCUCUAGGAGGCCUGAUGUCGCCUGUGGACUUUUUGCUGCCACUGUGCAGAAGAACAGGCACAGGAAAUGUGUCUUCCUCCGAGGCCCCAAAGCCUCGGAGGAAGGGUGCCUCCUUGCUUCUGCUUUUGCCUUAGCAAAGCAUCAGUCUCAGCGGUGGCACCCUGGAGCAGUUAAAGUGCCAGCAGGUGCAGGGACUUCAAGUUAAUACUCUUGCCAGUUUUGAAAUAUAGAUGCGAUGAUUCAGAUUUUUCUUUUUUUGAGACAGAGUCUUACUCUGUCACCCCAGGCUGGAGUGCAGUGGCGCGAUCUCAGCUCACUGCAACCUCUGCCUCACAGGUUCAAGCAAUUCUCUGCCUCGGCUUCCCAAGUAGCAGGGAUUACAGGCGCCCGCCACUAAACCCAGAUAAUUUUUAUAUUUUUAGUAGAGGCGGUGUUGCACCAUCUUGGCCAGGCUGGUCUUGAACACCUGACCUCAUGAUCCACCUGCCUCUGCCUUCCAAAGUGCUGGGAUUACAGGUGUGAGCCACUGUGCCAGGCCGGUUCAGAUUUUUUUUUUUAAUGGAAAACUCAAUGGGCAGGGGAGGUGAAAGGAGAGAUGGAGGUUUUGUGGGGCUCAGUGGGGCGUUUGGAACUUCUUUUUAAAGUCAUCUCAUGGUCUUCAGUUUUCAGUUGGAAUUCUGGUGUUUAACACUUAAGGGAGACAAAGGCUGUGUCCAUUUGGCAACACUUCCUUGGCCACAGAACGCUAGGUGAUCUGUGGAGCUGGGCAGUCUGUGGCAUGGAGAGCCGCGCUGUCUGGCCAUUCAGAGGCUUCUGAAGACACUGUGGGAUAUGGUGCUGACCAACAUCAACACUGAGAUAAAUGCAAAUGCAACACCUUUCCCUCUGGGCCUUGAAAAUCCUUGCCCUUAUUAUUUGGGGUGAAAGAGGCAUUCCUGUCCCAGGCUUCUCAGAGCCCCAACACAGUCUGUGUAUGAAUCCCGGGGUCCUUGAAUUUGCUGAGGUCACUACAAGCCCUGCUAUUCUCAGUGUUCUGAUUGCUCUCACAUCCCAGCACCACCGUCUGGUCUCUGGAUUUUUCUGUAGGUGGCAACAUGCAGCCCCAUUCUCAACAGCAGGGAGGGCAUGGACCCCCCUCUGCGGAACCCACAAGGGGAGAAAUGGGUGACAAAGAGUCCACCUCCUUAAAAGGUGCCCAGGCAGGGCUGGUCCCUCUCCUGCUGGGCGGCACUUCCUGUUGCACAUCUCUCCCACUGCUUGGGGAGAGCCAGCAGCUCACCCCACAGCUCAGGAAGUGGGUCUGAUAGAAACCACUGGCCUCAAACACGUGCCCUAUUCUCCUGUUUAUUGCUGCUGUCACUUUGAGGCAUGGGAAUUCUUGUUUUGGGGAUCUCGGGGGCCACAGCAGUGGGUAAACAAAAGCCCAUCGGCCAAGGGGCCAUUGACCAACUGUCUUUAUCCAGAGGGCCCCCUGCUUGCUCAGGCGUGGCACAGCAGGGAAUCCACGGGUCACAGUAUGGGGAGAGGUGCGCCCUGCCACCUGCUAAAUCCUCACUAGACACAGUGUUUCUGUCCCAGUGACCUGUUCAGCAGCAGGACAAGCCAGGGCCGUGGGGACUGGUGGAAGGUUUCACCUGAAGAUGGAAAAUGAGACAAUGAAAAUUUGUUGUCCAAAUAGCUCAAUCAUUCUGGGAGACUCUUGGGAAAAUUGAACAUAUUCAGGCCAAACUCUCUUCCUCCUCUCAUCCCACCUCUCAAAGCAGAUGACGUAAAGAGAACAUCUCUCACACACAGCUCACCGUGCCCACUCAUUCCUGAAUUUCAGGUGCCAUCACUGCCCUUUCUUUCAUAUUCCUGAUUUGAGAAAGGUGAUGCAGGAGGACAAUUCCCACAGGUAAUCUGAGGAUCACAGAAAAACCAGGGCAGGACGGUAUCCACAACGCUUGAGGAGGAAUUUGGUGACCAUCCUCUGUAGAGGGGCUCCCCUGCUGCUCCACAGCAGCAUCCUCUGUAGAGGGACUCCCCUGCUGCUCACAGCUCGGUUUCCAGACAGGACCGCCACAUCUGGUCUCUGCCUUCCACGGCCCACACCCCUAAGCAUCAUCAGCAGUGCCACAGCAUCGAGGUGCAAUACACCCGUGAGUCGCGCUACAAUGUUAUGUUUGGGUACCCUGGGGGAAGAACUGCAUGAGGCUCUGAUUAAGGACUUGGGGACGUGGGCUGCUGUCGCUGCCAGCCUUGCAAGGCCACCUGGAGGCCUGUCAGUCAGUGGCAGAGGAGCAAAGCUUCAGGGAGGCCCAGCCUUAUGUCAUCUUCCCCACGACUGGGCGUGAAAUAAAAACAUAAACCUUUAUGUGCAUGUGUUAUGUCCAUUUUUUCAGGGUGAACUGAGUUUAAAAGAAUUUCUUCUCUUCAAGUUGUUUUGUCUUUUCCAUCCUCUUCACGAGCGUCUUAUCCCUGCGCAGUCUUUCGACGGAUAGAGAUGGUCAUGACAUACUUUUGUUUCAACCUUUAUUCCUAUAAAUAUUUCUGUGAAAACUGGGAGAACAGAAAUGGCAUUUGACAAAAAAUUGAAUUAAAAAUAACAGUCUUCUUAAAACUAACAUAGGAAACCCUUUGCUAUUAUUUCUCUCCUUAGCUUCUCCAUUGUCUAAAUCAGGAAAACAGGAAAACACGGCUUUCCAGCAGCUGCAAAAUGGUUUAGUGGCCCCGACAUGUUUCCAUCACCUUGAACAAUAGCUUUAGCAUGGAAAUCUGAGAUAUGAUCCCUGAAAACAUCUGUCUCUACUUCGGCUGCAAAACCCAUAGCUCAAAUCUAUAUGGUUUGUGCAUUUUGUCAACCAAAAAAAGGAGGAUGGUAAUCCAAAUUCUCCAUAUAUUCAUUAAUCAAGACACGAUUUUCAUACUAGAUUCCCGAGACAAAUACUCACUGAAGGGCUUAUUUAAAAUAAAUUGUGUUCUGGUCUGUUCUUGUAGACAAUGCCCUUCUAUUUUAGGUAGAAGCUCUGGAAUCCCCUUAUUUCACUGUUGCUCUUAUCUGCGAGGUGGCAAGCUGCUCUUUUCAGCAGACUUUGCCCAGUGCUCCCCGGGGCAGGAGUUCUCUGCGCAGAUCUGGCGUCAGCCUGAUUUAGAUCCUUGCAUGAGUCUUUCUCUGUGACGUCAGAUGUGACUGCAAAUGUCAGUAAUCACUUCACGAACACUAAAUGAGAAUGUAAGCCUUUUUAAAUGUGUGUAUUUCAAAUUUGUUUGACUCAUUCUGGAAUGACAAGAUUUCUCUGCAGGAUUUACCCUCAUCCUGGGCAUGUUUCUCAGACUGUGAGGAGGGAAGGCUCAGAGACCGAGCUCUUCCUCCCACUUCUAACAAAAUGGUGCUUUAAGUGCCAUCGUGGCUCAGCCUUUAGGAAGUAGCAGCCUUGUUGUCCUUUGAGCUUCCUGUUAUGUGCCUUUCCUAAUAAACUCCUAAAAACA